UUAAAUUUUGAAAAAAAUAUGCUAUAAGGGGUUUUUUUUGGUAGGAAUAAUCCAUUUCUGUACUUAUUUUUUUCUUAAAACUUACAAAAGAGGGCGCAAGAGUGAAAAAUUUCACAUUUUCUUCGAAACCUAUUUUCUCAAUUUGGCAAAUUUCAAAUUUGUUUAGGCCCAUUGUUUCUUCGGAAAAUUUGCUUAGAUUUACAGGUAGAAACCUACGCUAUACGCACAUAGUAAAAAUAAUUACCCUCCCUAAUGUGCAUACAUACAACUACUUUUCCUGUUAUUGCGUCAAGGAACUGAUUUCCAUGGCCGCCAGAUCCGAAAAACCCAUUUUGGUUUAUUUUAUGUUGAUUUUAGGUCAAAAAAAUAAGUAAAAAAUUUUUCUUUUGUAAGUAAUUCAAAUUACCUUGACAGACCUUAAAAAAUAAAAGUUUAAGUUUUUAAAACAACUUAAAAUAUUAUUUUCGGGUCGCGUGACUAUUGCAAUAUGUUUCAAGCAUUUUAAAAAGUUCAUUGCAUACUCGUUUAGGUAAAAAAAUAAAAAAAAUUAAAUUUUUUUUCAUCGAGAAUAUUUUUCCUGAAUUAUCCACAUCAAAGGCCUCAGAAUACCGUUAUAUUUAUUUCGUUACUUUUUCUCGUUUUCGUUCUCGAGAUAAUAUAUUUUAUCACAAAAAAAAAAAUCAUUUUCUAAUUUGUAUGGUGCGUGGUUUACGAAAACGCGUAAUUUUUAGAUUUAAGCUAUCAUUUUACAUAAGAAUCAGCUGGAAAUGUAUACAACUAUUUCUCAGUGUGACUUCUGUUAACUUGAUAUACUACUUAGUAGGCACUCCAGUUUCAAGUGGUGAAAGGCUGAUUGUGGUGAAUCUUAAGUAUUGUUAUUCUAUUCGUAAUAUCAAUACUACUAAGUAAAUCACUUCUGCGUUGAUUGUUAAAAUACUUAAGAGUGCUUCUAUCUAUGGAAACCCAUAUAGAUAACGAUAAUUGAAAAUGUACUAAGAAUUGAAAUGAAUAAAGCUAAGUAUACAGCUUGUGGACGUUUUUUUUUUACUAUAAGCCAAUUAAGAAAGGUUCUCAAUUAAGUGUGCCAGCUAGCUAGUUGGACACUGAACGCCGACACAGUGCUUUCUUCUUAUUUGAUUAUCUGAAAUUUUUUGUAUUUAAUUGAUUUGAUUUGAUUGACCUAUUUUAUGCUGCAAGCACUGACAAAAUAAUACUACUAUUAUCACCAGCGAGUGAUAACGAAGUUAUAGUAAUUUACUUGGCAAGAGGUUCGUAUAAAAGCUGCUCAGCAUUCCAGCAUAGAUAGCACUUUACGUUCGAUAAGACUACUGGAAUCGUUUCUUUAUGGACGGAAGGAUGACUAAAAGCACAAGUUUAGGCUACUUAACUGUAAUAUUUUUAACGCUCAGCGCUGCUAUUCAAGGCCAACAUGAGCCGCAUUGGUGGAUUAAUCGCAAUACUAUUGUACACCUUUUCGAAUGGAAGUGGACGGAUAUAGCCAAAGAGUGUGAGCGGUUCUUAGCACCGCAAGGGUUUGCCGGCGUACAGGUCUCACCCGCAGUCGAGAACGUGGUCAUCGCCGGUCGUCCAUGGUGGGAGCGCUACCAUCCAGUUUCCUACAAGCUGAUCACACGAUCUGGCAAUGAAACCGAGUUCGCGGAUAUGGUGCGAAAAUGCAACGAUGUAGGUGUACGCAUUUACGUUGAUGUCUUGCUAAAUCAUAUGGCUGCCACACAUGAGGGUAUUGUAGAAGGCACUGGUGGCUCUAGGGCGUCACCAGGUGCCAAAGAUUUCCCAGCUGUACCUUAUGCUGCACAUGACUUCCAUACAACUUGCGACAUUCUGGAUUGGAAUGAUCGUAUUCAAGUGCAAAAUUGUGAGCUAGUUAGCUUGAAGGACUUGAAUCAGAGCAGCGAAUGGGUGCGUGAUCGUCUCGUAGAAUUUCUCGAUCAUUUGGUUGAGUUGGGCGUCGCUGGUUUUCGUGUGGAUGCCGCCAAGCAUAUGCCAGCCAAAGAUUUGAAGAUCAUCUACGAUCGCGUGCGUAAUCUCAACAUUGAACAUGGCUUCGCGCGCAAUACGCGUCCCUUCAUAUAUCAGGAGGUAAUCGAUCAUGGCCACGAAACGGUCACCAAGUAUGAGUAUAAUUCACUUGGCGUCGUCACUGAAUUCCGCUUUUCGGAGGAAAUUGGCAACGCCUUCCGUGGUCAUAAUCAGCUCAAAUGGUUACAAAACUUUGGCAUCGCCUGGGGCUUCCUACCCUCCGAGGAUGCCUUGGUCUUUGUCGACAAUCAUGAUAAUCAGCGCGAUGGCGGCAAUGUACUUACUUAUAAAAUAGCUAAGCAAUACAAAAUGGCCACUGCUUUUAUGCUAGCCUACCCCUUUGGCAUUGCGCGCGUAAUGAGCUCAUUUCACUUUGAGCACCGCGAUCAGGCGCCACCGGCAGACACAAAUGAGCAGUUACUUUCACCUGAAUUUGAUGAAAAUGGCGCUUGCUGGAAUGGUUGGGUUUGUGAGCAUCGUUGGCGCCAAAUCUAUAACAUGGUGGGUUUCAAGAAUGCGGUACGCGGCACUCAAGUGACUAAUUGGUGGGAUAAUGACGACAAUCAGAUUGCUUUCUGUCGUGGCAAGCGCGGCUUUAUUGCAUUUAAUGGGAAUAGCUGGGACUUGAAGCAGCAUUUGAAUACUUGUUUGCCUGCUGGGGUAUACUGUGAUGUAAUCUCAGGUGGGCUUGUGAAUGGCAAUUGCACCGGAAAGUCCGUAGUGGUCAACGAUUCGAGUUAUGCUGAUAUUGAAUUGGGCCCCGAUGAGUUCGAUGGUGUUCUAGCUAUACAUGCGAAUUCGAAGCUGUAGAAUCUUUAUUGUGAAAGGAUAUGCUGAUGAAAUGUGAAAAUAAAAUUUACAUAUUUUAUUAAAUUGUUUCGAAAAACUUUUAAUUACGUACACGCUGGGUUCUGAGCCACACAUUUUCUUAGAUUGUCGGACUUUUAUUUAAUAUAUAGUCAGUCGCGGGGAAAACUUUUAAAGCUUUGAUUGAAACUCUGACUGACAGUCAGUAAUACAUAUAUUAUAUCGAUGCUGAUCAAAACGUAUCCCACAGCAGAAGCUUUUUAACGAAUUUUUUAUUUUAUAUGGAAAUGCACAAAAUAAAAGCUCUAUCCGAUUAUCACUGUUAUAAUACUGAUUCGUAGCCACUGAUCCACGCCAAAGAUGAGCAUUGCCUUGACUCUGUGAUUUAAGUUUUUAUAUACCUUUUAUGGGCCAGUGAUGAACAGUGGAGCCUUGACUCUGUUCGCGGUCGUAUAAAAUGUACAAUAAACUUUGAAAAGCUUCUUCAACACUGGAUGGGUUUUUGUAGGGACUGAUAUAGACGUACGCGAGGUAAAAUC